GAUCAGUACAGAAAAAAACCCGCCGACUAGGGUUGAAUCGGUCCAAAUUAAUCGAUUUGGUCGGAUUGGAUCUUCUGAACAGCCCUAUCACUUACGACUGUCCGAUCCAAAAAAGAAGCUGAUUUUUUCAAAAGUGUCCGGAUCUGAAAGUAGUAGAUCCAAGCUCAUUUAUGUUUUCACAUUAAUGAGUCCCAACGGUCACGGCAUACUGUGCCUAGAGAACCGAGACAUCGUGGACCUGUGACAAACCCUAGUUUGGCUGUUCCCCCACCCCCUGCUCUUCACCUUCACGAACAGACAAGCUCACCCAAUAAAGAAUGUAUCUAUAAUCUAUAUAACAAAAACCCAUUAGACCUCGGAGCAUAGCCAGAAAGUUUAGCUAGGCUACUCUUCCAAGUUUCAUAUCCAUGGCUUCUCUGUCACAACCUCACGUAGUUAUCUUCCCUUUCAUGGCUCAAGGCCACACCCUCCCUCUGUUAGACCUCUCAAAGGCUCUCUCCCGUCGAGGCAUCAAAGUAACCAUCAUCACCACCCCAUCAAACGCCCUUUCAAUACUCCUUCACGUCAAGGACCACCCAAACAUACAUGUCAUGGAGAUCCCAUUCCCGCCGGUGGAAGGCCUCCCUAAAGGCUGUGAGAACACUGUUGAUCUUCCUUCCAUGGACCUAUACACUACCUUUUUAAUGGCUACCGUUCAACUUCAACAGCCCUUCGAGCAAAUCCUGCGAGAGAUGUCCGAAGUUGGGUCGCUCCCCAUUUGCGUCAUCUCCGACUUCUUUCUGGGCUGGACGGCGACUGCCUGUCGUCCGUUUGGUGUCCCUCGCCUCGUCUUCCACGGCAUGGGUGUCUUACCCAUGCUCAUCUGUAAGACUCUGUAUACAAACAAGACAUACCUGAGGAGCGUGGCAUCAGACUCGUCGUCGGAGGCUCUAGUUCUAAACCUGACGGGGCAAAACCUUCCCCCCUUGAAGCUUUCUCAGGCCGAUUUGCCGGACUUUACCCUAGGAAUAAACAACUGUAACUCGUUCUUUCGCUUCCUCGCUGAGAUUGAGCAGCAAGAGUGGGACAGCUGGGGAAUCAUCGUUAAUAGUUUCGUGGAGCUGGAAUGUGAAUACGUGCCAUCCUUUGAGUCAUUCUAUAAAGAUGGAACCGGAGCAUGGUGUGUGGGGCCUCUUUUACUCUACGACGAAGUAAGAAAUGUAAAUAAGACCCACAUUGGUGAUCCAGCUGAUAUCUAUAUCAAGUGGCUGGAUGAGCAAACCGAGUCCGAGUCUGUCAUCUACGUUUCCUUCGGUACCCAAGCGAAUGUAUCCGAUGCACAGCUAGAUGAGGUGGCGUUUGGGCUGGAGAUGUCAGGCCAUUCGUUCAUCUUGGUAAUAAGGUCGAAUACAUGGAGCGCACCAGAUGAAGUAGAGGAUAGAGUGAGAGGGAGGGGCUUGAUCCUACGGGACUGGGUGGAUCAGCGGCGUAUCUUAGCACACAGAGCGACAGGCGGGUUCCUGAGCCACUGCGGUUGGAAUUCUGUAUUGGAGGGCUUGACAAUGGGACAGCCAAUUCUGGCCUGGCCCAUGAUAGCAGAGCAAUCACUUAAUGCCAAGUUCGUGGUGGAGGGUCUGGAGGCAGGCAUAUUGGUCCCAAGGGAAUCCACAUCAGGAGAGAAGACUGUAGCCGUCAGACGCGAGGUGUUGACGGAUGGAGUGAAGGAAUUGAUGGGAGGAGAGAAGGGGAGGAAGGCUAGGGAGAGGGCUAAGGAGUUGGGGAGAAUGGCCAGAGAAGCAGUGAAGGAAGGUGGGUCGUCCCAUAAGAAUUUGAGCCAACUGAUUGAAAGCUUGAGCCAGCUUAAGAUGAAGCAGCAGACUUGUGUAAAAAUAGUCUAAUUAAGAUGAGGUUGGGUGGGUGAAAAAACAUGUGGUAUGGUAGUUUGGGAAAAUUACUUACAUCUCCUAGUUUCCACGACAUAUAAGCUUUUGUUGUACUUUGACCUCAAUAAACCUCAUAUUUUGCAAAAAAAACAGGUCGACUUUGGUAAGUCUUUUCAUGUGAGUUUCACGCUGUUUAGAAGUUUGGAAGACUGAA